CAACAACACUCCCUAUUUUCAUUUUUUUCUAAUUAUUUUUUCUUCACGAAUUUCUCCUGUUAUCUCUCCAAUCCUCAGCUUCCUAUUUCUCCUCCCUAAGUCGGAUUUUGCUUCAAUCGUUCUAGGGUUAGGGUUUCGAUCCUUUCUCCCUCGAUUUAAUUAUUAUCAAGGACUGCGGCACCCCUGAUUCCCCUCCCGUCGUGCUUUGGACGCAGGACGCCAUGGGAGGUGACGCAACAACAACUGAGAGUGCCACAUCGGAGUUGAACGCCGCGGAAGUCAACAUCAAUAUUCGUUGUUCAAAUGGCUCAAAGUUUUCUGUUCAGAUUAGUCUCGAUUCCGUGGUCAGAUCUUUCAAAGACGUCGUGGCUCGCAGCUGUGACAUCCCCGCUGAUCAACAGCGUCUGAUUUACAAGGGUCGGAUCCUUAAGGAUGAUCAGACACUCCAAAGCUACGGUUUGGAGGCUGAUCACACUGUCCAUUUGGUUCGUGGCUUUGCUCCUAACAACAACACUGGUGGGGCUAAUAGUGGUGGUGCCAAUACCACCACAGCCAAUACCACGAGAGGUGCUGGUGCUAAUGAGGGUGGGGGUUUAGGAGGGCCAGGAUUUGGGGCUUCACUCUUUCCUGGACUUAGUGGUAACAAUGGGAUGGGGGGCAGUGGCCUCAAUGGCUUAUUUGGAGCGGGCUUUCCGGACCUUGAACAAAUGCAGCAACCGUUUUUGUCAAACCCCAAUUUAGUGAGAGAUAUAAUGAACACACCUGCUAUGCAGAAUUUAAUAAAUAAUCCAGAGAUAGUGCGGAAUCUUAUAAUGAAUAAUCCGCAGAUGCAAGAGUUAAUGGAUAGAAACCCUGAGCUGGCACACAUACUUAAUGAUCCCAGCACUCUUCGUCAGACACUUGAAGCUACAAGGAAACCUGAGAUCAUGCGCGAAAUGAUGAGGAAUACAGACAGAGCAAUGAGCAACAUCGAAUCUUCUCCUGAGGGAUUUAACAUGCUGAGACGCAUGUAUGAAAAUGUUCAAGAACCAUUUUUAAAUGCCACCACAAUGGCUGGUAAUGCCGGAAAUGACGGUGCAGCGGCUAGGAACCAAUCAACUAAUCCCUCCACUGCUAAUUCUGAAGCAACUUCCCCUGUACCCAAUACGAACCCACUUCCUAAUCCAUGGUCCUCUACUGGAACUGGAGGUGGUCAAAAUAACACCAGAAGGUCAACUCCUGCUGGUGGGGAUGCUCGACAGCAGGCACCCACUGGAUUAGGAGGGCUUGGACUGCCUGAUCUUGAAGGCAUGUUGGGUGGAAUGCCGGAUGCUGCUAUGUUGACCCAGUUAAUGCAAAAUCCAGCUAUUUCACAAAUGAUGCAAAGUAUCCUUUCCAAUCCACAGACUAUGAAUCAGAUUCUUGGGGUCAAUUCUGAGCAGCGUGGCAUGCCUGAUAUAAAUUCUCUAAGGGAGGUUAUGCAAAACCCAGAGUUUUUACGACUGUUUUCCUCACCCGAGACACUGCAGCAACUCUUGUCUUUCCAGCAAGCUCUUCUGUCUCAGAUUGGUCAGCAACAAUCAACACAGUAAGAAAUGAAGAAAUCAUUGUAUUUCUAUAUUUACGUACCUUCUGUUUUUUACUGAGUCCUUUUAGUUCUGCUAACUGGAUUUGUACUAUAAUGUGCCAAUGCUUCAAUCCUCUAGCUUGAUGAAGUAGUUAUUUGUUUAUCCCUAGUACACCUGUUGCAACUUAGCUUAGGCCUAGACAGAAUCUGACAUGAGAGUUACAAACAAUUCUGGUAAUGUUAUUUAUAUUUUUUGUAAAUUUAACCAGAAAAGUUUCAACGGACAUCAGACAGCAAAAGAAUAAAAGGAAAGAGUUCCUCACAGUAAACUUCUUUUAGUACACAAUACACUGGCCUAACCUUAUCAGAGUCUUGCUCCUUCAAAUACUCCCAAAAUACAAUGUACCUGACACAUCAUAUGCAAGAAAGACAUGCAUGACUGUAGAAGGGUUUCUAAACAACAAAACUGUCCUAUGAAUUACUACUAAACACACAUAACUGCCGUACUACUCAUAGACUGU